AUGGCCACCGCAGCGGCUCCGUCAUCCUUGGCUCUCGAGGCCUCGAGCCUGGCCGCGGCCCCCGGCUCGUACAGGCUCUUUUGCAAGGGGCUCUCCCGCACCCUCCUCGCCUUCUUCGAGCUGGCCUGGCAGCUGCGCAUGAACUUCCCGUACUUAUACAUCGCGGGCUCCGUGGUCCUCAACAUCCGCUUGCAGGUACACUUUUAG